AUGGCGACGACUUUGCAAACAAGUACCCUGGGUCAAAUUCGCGGAAAGAGUGGCGACGGUGUCACUCAGUACUUAGGUAUCAAAUAUGCGAACUUAAAAAAUAGAUUUGCAGAUGCAGAGUUGAUCGAGUCGAGAGGUUCUGGCACUCUUGAUGGGACUAGAGACGGGCCCACAGCACUGUCGCAUCCUAUCGGAUGUGAGCGUGAAUUGGGGCAUGUCCAGCACUCUCUACCCGAAAAAGAACUGUAUCAGUCAGAUCUCGAUUGUUUGAAUUUGAAUAUUGCUGUACCUUCAGAUACUACCCCGUCUUCGAAGCUCCCAGUUCUUUUUUUCAUUCAUGGAGGUGGCCUAUUCGUCGGAGCAAAUUCGUGGCCACAAUAUGAUCUUACACGCUUGGUCAAAUUAUCGAAGGACAGGAGCCUGCCUACAGUUGUGGUAGCUAUUAAUUAUCGUCUAGGGGCCGCGGGGUUUCUGACUUCUGAGGAGCUCCGCAAUGCAGGUUACAAGGCAAACAAUGGUCUUCGCGAUCAGCGGGUAGCUUUGGAAUGGGUCCGGAAAAAUAUUGUUGACUUUGGCGGAGACCCUGACAACAUCACAGUUGGGGGAAUGAGCGCUGGGGCGGCGUCGGUGACUUACCACUUGCAAUCCUCCAAACCGCUUUUCAAACGUGCAAUUGCUAUGAGUGGUACUUCGCUACUUACGAAGGCACUUCCGUACGAAUUGCACGAGGAAAACUAUAAGAGAGCAGUUGCUGCAUUAGAUUUAACAGAUGCUACAGCCGAAGAGCGAGUAAAGGCUUUACUAGAGAUGCCUGGGCAAAAGUUGAUUGCUAAGCUCCCUCCAUCUGUGUUUCAGGCUCCCGCUCUCGACAAUGAUAUUGUCUAUCCUGGGGUCACGUACACCAAGCUUGCCGAAAUGGAUUCAAAUACUCUUCCUGGAAAGAGCUGGUGCCAAGACUUGCUGGUUGGAAAUGCCGAAGUUGAUGUACGUCUCCCGACACUUCCCAAGCCAUUAACUAAUCGACGUGUUCCCCAGGCGAGUAUCUUCGAAUAUAUGGCACCGAAAAUGAAGAACAAUUGCGCUAGGCGCUUCGUUUCCGCGAUCAAUGAAGCUCUUGCGUCAUACCCCCAGAUAGCAGAACGCAUUCUGCAAGCGUAUGAUAUUACCGAAGACAGCCCCGAUGAGAACGCAAUUAUGGCUGUUCUGACAUAUUUUACGGACAUUGUCUUCCAUGCGCCGGCGCUUACCUACGCUCAAGGCUGGAGAGGAAAUGCAUACGUGUACUACUUCAAUGAGGGCAACCCCUGGGAUGGGCCGUGGAAGAAUCGCGCGAAUCACAUCUUGGAUGUAACAUACUUCUUCCAGAAUUUCCGGGAGUUCUUGACGACAGAACAGCAAGCAGUUUGUACGGUCUUUGCCGAGGACUUCUUCAAAUUCUGUCAUGGGAUUGCUCCGUGGCCAGCCAUCACCCCUGGCAAGAUCAAGACUGGGUUCUCCGCGCGAAUUUAUGGACCUAGCCGAAGCGGAAUUACUGCUAAUGUUUCCUCUCAGGCAUUUGGCGGUGAAACUUUGCGUAGAAGUGUUCUUUUCGACUGCGCCUCUGUUGUCCCGCUAGAUGAAUUAGCGAGAGUGUUUGUUAUAUUCCAGACCACUUGA